AUGCCCGAAUCAUCUCCUAUGUAUCUCUGCGACACGUUCCAGGACGAACAAAUCCGCUUCCCAACCCCGGAUCGAAUCGCCGGUAAGCCACCGAAUCGCUUCACGCCGAUCGACAAGCUGCCGUGCAACUCUCAUACGAUCAAACCUGGUACUUCCCAUCACGGACUGAUGACCGACCGUUGUGCAUUAAGCCCAGGGUGUGUACAACCACAAUCGGUUACACAACCAUGGGAGGCUACAUUCCAGCAACGCAUCAUCCGCCGCGCCACCACAUCUACAUCCGCCGUUAAUGUCGCAGUAGCACGCGAAUGA